AUGAGGAUGCAGCAGGUGGUUGCUAUGGUGUUGCUAUGGAGCCUGGCGAGGAUGGUUGCCCCCGAGUGCCACAGAUGUGACCUGGUCAACUUCACCGUUCCCAUGGCGCUGGAGGGACUGCCCUGCACACUGGAGACACAGGGCUGCGCUGGCUUGUGCCACAACACGUUCCAGGACGGACAGUAUAAGUUGCAGCGUGUGUCCUGUGUGGGGGGUCUAGUGAGGUGGGUGUCCAUGCCCAAGGCCCUGGGAUGCAGCUGUACCCAAUGCAACUCCUGGACCACCGACUGUCACAACACCAGGCAGCCCCACAGCAAGGUGACCAGCGCCCCCUCCUGGGAGGAAUGCGACUCGCCGCUUAUGCUGCAGCACGACCUUUGA